CUUCUCUUCUUGCAUCCAUCGCUACACAUCUCGAUGAGGUGACCAUCCUACUUUACUGUACACGCUGCAAGCUCGGGCAUUUUGUACAAGUCACCAUGCCGUCGCCGACCAGCAAGGAGGACAUUCCUCUGCCCGAUGACAAGCAAUUCGCAGCUGCUCCUUCUUCUUCGCCGGCAUCCACCCUCCCGACCUCCCGUCCCCAACGAUUUCCCUCCUGGCGUCAAAUGGAUGCGACCCUCGAUCACACCUCCUCCCUCCUCCCUCUGACACUCCUCGCCCUCCUCACCGGUCUCAUAGAUGGACUGCUGUACAGUCGCACAUCCGUAUGGAUCGGCUUUCAAACGGGCAAUAUCGUCCAGUUCAGCAUGGGGGUCGCCUCCUUCAUAUAUGCGCCCUAUCAUCCAGUCCCAGCAGAUGAGGGACUACUGACAGGGCUGAGAGCAAUCUCAUUCGUCAGCUUCUUCACGGCGUCGUGGGUCGGGAGUUUGGCUGCACGGCAAGGAGGCAAGGGGAGGGGGAGAAAAAGAUGGUUCCUCAUAGCUAGCUCGGUGGUACAAGCGCUACUCCUCUUUGGGGCUGCUGGGAUCCUUUGGAGCAAGCAAGAGGGGGAAGAGGUGACGUACCGCUGGUUUGGGCCGGUGAUCAUGCUGGUCGCCCUGAGCAUGGGCCUCCAAUCAAUCCUCUCCUCUGGUCUCUCCUCGCCCAUCUUCUCCACCUCAGUAGCAUACACUGCCACGCUCACCCAACUGGCAUCAGACCCGCACCUAUUCACACCGCGCCUCUCCUUUCUGUGCUCUUCACCGGCGAAAGCGGCAGAGGUCAAGGGGAGAGACCUGCGCAUCCUGGCUCUCGCUGCUCUUGCGUUGGGAGGAGGGGUGAGCCAAUCGCUCCUCAUCAGCGAUGCGGGGCUAAGAGGAGGCUUGACUGUCGCAGCGGGACUCAAAGUGCUUCUAGGGGCACUGUGGCUGAUACCGAGGGGUGAGGGGGAGAAGAAGAGGGAAGAGACGAGGCCGUAAAAGCGCGGUGGAGUAGCAUCUCAGUAGACGAUACCCAUUAGGUCGGGCAGGCAGGCCUCAUUGUACAGUACGCGACAAGUC